ACAAAACCUUGCCAAAAUGUUUUUGCGUGUGGUUUUCUGUUAUUAGCCUGUGUUUAACAUAGAAUCUCGUCCUCCAUUGCAAUACUAUAGCCACCAAGUUUUAACGCGUUCUACGCUAUUUGUGUUUUUGUUAUUGUUUGUUCAUUUAUUUUCGUUAAAAGUAGUUAAAAAUGAUCUUUGCACUGAACAUAUGUAAUUCAACAUCUCCCCAAGACAGGGACAGUCAAUCUCCGAUAUUAUUGUCCGAACGACAGACAUGAGUUUAUUGUGAAUUUUAAUGAGUCUUAAUAGUGCCACACCACGAAGCGGAAAGGGACGGAGACAAAGACAUGCUUUUUGUCUUUUUGGUGCUAACUUCGCUUCCACAAGUUCUCACAGCUUUGAGUGAACUCCCUCAACCAGUCAACGUGACGAUCAGCUCCAUGAAUUUCAUUCAUAAGCUAACAUGGGAACCCGGGCUAGGCACACCUGCAGAUGUUGUUUACCAAAUCAGUACCAAUACAGAUGUGGGAACUACAUGGGACCCAGUUUCUGGCUGUCAGCAUGUCCAGUACCCGUUGGUUUGCAACAUGACAGAGGCCUUUUCCGACCCAUUGCAGGUCUACUUAACCCAAGUUACGGUGAAGCAGAAAGCUCGGGCCUCUCGACCAUUCACACUCCCUGGAUUCCAGCCUAUCAAAGACACUCAGCUGGACCUACCAGUAGUGACUGUGACUCCUUGUGAAAAGAAUUUGUGCGUGGACCUUUUACCUCAAACGCUGCGUCUGUGGGAGGUCUACAACUCUCUAAGUUACCAGCUCAUGAUUGACAGCAGUGAUGCAGACAGACCACCGUUUUUUCAGGAAAUCAAAUCUCUGAAGCGAUCUGUUCUGAAGAACCUCACUCCCGGCAGGCGGUACUGCAUCUCAGUUCGGUUCUCUGACAGUCUCAUCCCAAGGGAGUCCGAUUACGGCCGUCCAAGUUGUGCUAUCAUCCCAGGGAUUUAUCCUACAGACUUUUUAAUCACACCUGUGCUGUGUAUAUUUGCCAUUGUUGGUAUCAUCAUGAUGAGCCUACUGGUUUAUACUGGAUUCCUCUGUCCAGGAGAGAGUCUGCCUUCAGUUCUGAAAUCCUUCCAUCACACUAAAGAGGUCAGGGUCAUCGUGCCCCACAAAGCACCCUUGGCCUCGCUCCAAAUUAUACCGACGCUGCCCUCUUCAUGUGAAAGUGACUGUCAAACGUCAGCACUCGAGGAUGAAGAAAGCUCUUCUGAAAGUGCUUACGAAAUGCGUUUGCCCUGCAACGUACUCUCCUCGUCGCCAUCGUCAUCUCCAUUACUUCCUUCGUUAUCCCAACAUGAACCACUGCCAAGCGAUAUUCCAUGUUCAAACUCUGGGAUUUUCUCUGGAGGUGUUUUUAGUCCCCAGACUCAAGCCUCAUUUGAGGGUUUAAAUGCUACAUCGGUACACUCCACCACAAUCCCGGCUCCAAUUUCUGACCAUAUCUUCAACUCAGACCACCGUCCAGUUUCUGUCCAAGCGGCAGAGGGGAUAAAGCCAAAUGAGAUGGAACGUUGGGUGGUCAGAAAAUGGGACGACCCAAAUGUUAACCUCCAUUCUCUAAUUUUGGGUAGGUUUGUGGAGGAAGAGGAAACAGCCAUUUUAGACCAAUCAAACACGGAUACAAUGGAUUUACAGGAGCACGACAGCACGUCAGACACUGCCAAUGAAGAUGAAGAAGAGCAGCAAGAUGAACAGUCUUCAUACAUGCCUCAUCCAUUUUCGUUCAGCUCGUGAAUGCACUUAAUUCAAUUACAUACUGUGACUUCAAAAUUCCAAUCCUCCCGUACAUUAACUGGAUAUGAGAGCCUUUGCUUGGCAAAAACACUUUUCUAACCCGCUGUAUACCUGCUACAAUCACAUUUGCUGUUUUUACGUUUAUGCACCAGCUGAUUUGAUGGGCCAAAUGCUCUUGCGUUUUGUCCGUACCAUGCACAAGCUUAACAUAGGCUGCAGUUAUGCUUUAGACCAGAGGUGGCAGUCGUGAGUAAAAAAAGUGACAAACUCUAUACAGCAGGGGUCCCCAACCUUUUUUGCACCACGGACCGGUGUUAUUUGGGUCUUUUUUUCACGGACCGGUGUUCUGACAAAUUUUGCAACCCAUCAAAAAUUGCAACGAUGCGGUUCUGCGCAUAACGUUAAACAUAGCCGCAAAAUGCGCAAAUGCAGCGAUUCCAAAGUAAACACUACAAACUUUCUUGAAAGAAAGGAAUAUUAACUUACGUUUGAUCAUGGAAGGACUUGUAGAAAAGUUCUUCAUCUGCCAUGUAAACUUCACACAACAGCUGCACACCGCGCUCACCAUUAACGACUUCCCCUUGUCGUUAAACAUUAAUUAAGAAGUCCGCUUCACAAAGAUACGAUGUUGGAAAUUGUAGCAAGGUUUUCAACGCUCUUGUCGCAAUGUCAGGAUAUUCCAGAAUGACUUUGAUCCAGAACCUCGAAAGAGUAAUGUACGUUUAAUAAGGUCGCCGUCAUUUGCGAUCCCUCGGUUUAUUCACAAACGGGUCAAGAAUGCACUCCUUCGCAGUUCGUGGGUCUUCGAGGUUGUAGGCUCGUCAGGUGCCCUUUUCGCCGUAAAAAUAUAAUUUUCGCCAUAAAAAUAUUUCCAAAGACGUCUGUUUUCCUGUUAUCUUCGCUCGUGUGGGGGCUAAGUAUUUCCGGGAACAAAUGUGCUGCGCCGCGGCCAAGUAAUACGCUAUUAUCGAGGACAAGCGCACAUAGAUAUAUUAUACACACAAACAAGAUGUACUGCUAGCAGUCCAAUCAAUGGACUUCUAUGACAACAUUGUAAUCUAUCCCGUAGUAUUAUAUCUAGAGUAGACAGAGAUAUUGGUGUGUUAAGCAGGGGCACAGGGUUGAUUCGGCCAGAAUGCGGUCAUUAUUAAAUAAUUUUUUUCUCUGUGGCCCGGGUCGCAAAUGCGCCACGGACCGGUACCGGUCCGCGGCCCGGCAGAUGGGGACCCCUGCUAUACAGGACCGUUUAAGAUUUAACUGUAAUAGGCAAAAUAUUUGGAGUUUAAAAAUCACUUGGAUAUACAGUAUAUAAUAAGGCUAGGUUCAGACCGCAGGUUUUGAUGCACAAUUCCGAAGACCAUGGAAAUGAGCAGCGUUUACUUCAAGCAGUAUGUUGACAAGCUAUUAGAUGUCACUAGGAGUCACAUUCAAAAUGUUAGUUAAGCUGAUGUGCUCCAGUUUUUUUUGUUUUUUAUAAACACAUUUAUAGACGUAGUACAGUAAAUAUUCAAACGAAAAGCAUUAAGUGCUCAAAGAGCUCAUUUCAGUAUGUGAAACAGUUAACAUUACUUUGUGAAGCCCUGUGUGUGUGUGCCCAUACUGUAAGUGUAUGUAGUAAAUAGAUGGGAAUUAUUGGAAGUUGGUACAGCAAGUGUUAGAUAUUUUGUGAAUUUUUAGACAAAUUGUUAAAAGCCUUUAUUUGUUAUUUGUUUUUUUUUUUCUGUUUUAUAUCUUUUUCACAUGGAUUUAAUUUAUUUUGUAGAUUACACAAAAAUCGAGAGUUUUGGCAGUUAGCAAAGAUGGCUGACCAAGAAGCAUGCUCUGUAAGGCUGCAACAACUAAUCGAUUAAUAAGUUGGUUGCUAACUAAUUUGAUAAUCGAUUUUUGCCGUCAGCUGUAAGCAGUGACGUGCGGUCAGGUGAGGCAGGUGAGGCAGAGCCUCACCUGUCAUCAAGACAAAAAAAUAUUUAUAGCAUCAAAUUUAUAUUAAUAUUUGUUCAUUGCUCUUAAUGUAUGACUCAUUUCAAACAUUUUUUAUAGUCAAAAUCGCUGAAUUUGCCCAUUUCCUGUUCAAAUAAAGAAAUGAAACGAGAGGUGCGGCAGCAAUGAGUAAAGCCUCACCUCUGAUUGCGCAAUCCACAACAAACUGGGUUGAUACAUGGAAUUGGAGCGUGCUGGUUGCCGUACAUCUGCAUGUCGCCAUUAUAAUGUUUCCAGAUACGUUUAUUUGACCUGAUUUUCCACAGUCUGGCAAAUGUCUUUAUCCCUUAAAGUUUAAUGUUUGUUAGCGACAUAUUUAGUUUUGCUGAUGGGAAAUAAACCCGCAGUGAAAAGGCACAGGUUGCGGCAGAUAGUACUCUGCCGCACUGCAAGGGGGCGUACGUGAAACUGGACUUUCCAUUAAAAGUGGACGCGGUUAACACAACACCGGAGCUAAAAGGUUUGCUUCAAACUACGAGACAAGAUAACUUGCGCUUUUCAAACGGACUGGUACACCCGAAAAGACUGGCUAUGUGACUGUCCUUCGAAAAAUCGCCUUUGCUGCUUUCCCUGCCUUUUCUUCUCAACUUGUGCCAAUGUCUGGACUAACACGAGAUAUUGUGACAUUAAAAAACUACCACGAAGCCUCAGCAAACAUGACAGCUCGACCACUCACAUUCAAAGCCUGAUUGCUUUAAAAACUUUUGGAAGCUCAAGGAUCGAUUUGGCUUUGACGAACAGCGAAAGCUCAACGGUAGCAUCCUCCAUGCUAAGGUAAAGAAAAGAGUUUGAAAGACCUCAUUAAUGCAACCUGCAUCCUAGCUAAACAGGAGUUAACAUUUCGUGGUAACGAUGAGCGUGUAGCUCUUCUAAACGUGGCAUAUAUGUAGAACGAUUACAUGGUUUUGUUGAGAAAGAUGAAAGGUUAGCUAGACUUUUGGACACAUCCACUGUGUUUUCUGGCUUGUCAAAUAGAACACAGAAUGAUCUAAUUGAAGCAAUCCUCUCCAUUGAUGCGGAGAGAUGUUUUUUUAAAGUAAAGGAAAAUAAGGAGGACUUUUACAAAAAGGGCGUAGGUUUGCAUAGGGACGGUAGGGACAUAACACUACCAACUUUUCAGGAUGCUAAAAUUGUCCCCACCAGCUUUUAAGCAACCUUACCUUUUUUGCAUGAUAUAAUGUUCAGUUAUAUAGAGAAUUUAGAUCUUUCAAUAGUUCCAUAUGUUGUAAGGAUAGAAUUGACCCUGCCAUUAUUAAGUGAAUUAUUUUCAUUAUGUUUAUGUUUGCUAAUAAAAACCAGACAUUUAUUCAGGAAGUUUUCAAAAUGUUUCUUUAGUAUUUUUUGAAAACAAAGGUUUGAAUCGAACAGUGUAUCAUCUGAACCAAUGCAUGUAAAAGUUAUCAGAAGAUAAGGAUUUAUUUUGCAUUGAUCAUUUUGCCUAUUAAUUGAUUAGGUUCAUAUACAUGAGAAAUGUGGCCCUUUGCCCCCUUCAUCCAAUCUGUUUGGUCUAAUUAAUGUCCCGUCCCCAGCAAAAAGUGUGCCUACAUGCAGGUUAUGCUGUUAUAUCGUCCCUACGAAUGUUGAGACCAAACUUAUGCCCUUCCAAACUAACACCGGUUUUUGUGGUGAAGGACAGGCGCAAGAUCACAAACAGUUUUCUUUUCAAUCUUAUAAAAAAAAUAAUAAUAAAAAAAAAAAAAAGAGCUUAGACCAAGAAAAAUACAAUAGAAUAUUUAAAAACUAAAUUUUGGCCUUAAAUAAAAUAUUCUUUGUUUUUCUUUUCACACUUUUUGUUUAGCAAUCUGUAAUAAAUUGUUUAAAGUAUCAGAAUUAAAAGUUUUAAAAACAACUGAAUAUUUCACUAAAGGUCAGAAUUGAAUUCUGUGGUUUUGUACACCACUCUUUACUCUCAUUUAUGUUGCAUGAAUUAUAGAAUUGCGACGACCAACACAUUGAGGGUGUAGAGCAAAUGCAUGUUAUUUUCUUACUUUUACGUAUCGAUAAUAUGUACCGUGUGUGCGUGUUUUGUGAAGAAUGCUGAUAAGAUAUGAAAUAACCAGUAGCCAAUUGAAUAAGCUACCCUUUUUGGUUGAUGUAUUUGGAAAUCUGACACUGAAGGAGUCAAUGCCUCACCAACCAUGAACCUCACCGCAUGUCACUGGCUGUAAGCAUGAGAACAAGAGAGAGCUCACUGCUACUCUCAGGUUGGGUUGCUGAAUCAAUAAUACUGUAUUACGAAGUGUCGAGAGUUAAAUUGUCUUUUGUGUUGUAGGAUCCAGUGUGCCUCUGUCAGAGGUGAGUAAAUGAAGCCAAUUGUAUUUUUUGUAGAUGACACAUUACUACUUAGCACAGAGUGCUAAGCGAGUUAGCGAUGACGCUAAUCAGUGUUUUUAGUGUCUGUUUGGAUUGUGUUUUGGAAAAGCAAUCUUUGACAUCGGUCUGAAAAAAGUUUGCCCCACUCCUCAACGCAGAAUACUUUCAACAGUGACUGACUAUUGUAGUGAGAGAAAACACAAUGGUGAGAUGAAAGGAGCUGUCUGAGGCCUUCAGAAAGAUGAUCGUAGACACUUAUGAGUAUGGUAAGGGAUUUCAAAAAAUCUCAAAAGAAUAUAAAAACCGCCAUUCCACUGUCCGGGAAAUAGUCUACAAGUGGAGGACAAAACAACUGCCAACAUGCCCAGGUCUGCCCAUCCAAGCAAGUUCACCCCGACAGCAGACCAUAAGAUGCUACAAGAAUUCUCCAAAAACCCUGAAAUGUAAUCACUUGACCCACAGCAGGCUCUUGCUACUGUUGAUUUAAAAGUGCAUGCCUCUACAAUUAAAAGGAGACUUCACAAGUUUAACCUUCAUGGGAGGUGUGCAAGGGGGAAACCUUUGCUCUCCAAGAAGAAUAUGAAGGCCAGCCUGAGGUUUGCCAGAAUAAAUGUAGACAAAGACCAGGGCCUCUGGAAUAAUGUUCUUUGGACAGAUGAAUUUAAAAUUGAAUUAUUUGGACAUAAGAAUAGAGGACAUGUUUGGCAUCAAUCCAAUGCAGCAUUCCAGGAAAAGAACCUCAUACCUACUGUGAAGCAUGGAGGUGGAAGUGUCAUGGUUUGGGCAUGCUUUGCUGAAGCAGGACCUUGCCUGCUCACCAUCAUAAAAUCCACUAUGAAUUCUAUCAUGUAUCAGAGGGUGCUUGAGGAACAUGUGAGAUCAUCUGUGAAAAAAAUUAAAGCUGAAGCGAAAAUGGACCCUGCGACAUGACAAUGACCCAAAACAUAUCAGUAAAUCUACCAAGGACUAGCUGAAAAGGAAGAGAGUCUUGGAAUCAGGGCUGUCAAUAGCCUUGCAGGGGCCCGGGGACAAGAGACCAUUAUAGGCCCCCUCCCAUCCCACCUUUGCCACGAGCUUGUCACAACAACAUACGCAGUAAUUUUAACGCUUUGCAAGCAACGACAGUAUAAAAUUUCAAAUUAUUUAAUUUGAGAUGGACAGUUAAAUUUAACAGAUCUUAAUGUGAUGUGACACAAUAUAAACAAACAAUUUCCAUCUAUUGUCCCAUAGGCUACAAUACAAUACAACUGACAGUGCUAUGCCUGCCUGCUAAGCAACAAAACAGUAUAACUAAACAUCCUGUGCCUUCCCACCUCCAGGGUUAUUAAGCCCUCAGACAGUGAUGCGUCAAGAUUUUUUGACAGCAAUGUCAUUUAUAACAUCAGUGAACUCCAAGUCUUUUCAGCCUCGCGCACCUGCUCCCCACACACUAAGAUAUAUCCCUGAUCUCCCCUUACCUUCUCUCUCCUCGGCUCAACGCAAGCAGCAUGUCAUCAUUCCGCAGCUCAAUAGGCUACAAGCGGCCGGUGACUGACUCGAAUCGGGCUUUGGUCACGGUGACCGCGAAUGUAAAGGUUCAGUGUUAGCGGCUGUCGUUCACUUACCGACAUCAUCGUCCACAGCCAACUCUAGCCCUAAUUCUGUGGCGUCUUAUCCCCAUUUUUUCUCGUUCACCUCUAUGAUCUUCAUCUCUUUUUAUUUUCUGCACACCCGAUUUAUGACGAUUCGGCAUGUUUAGAGUUUAUAACAAUGACCGGUUUUAAUUUCCUGCUUCAGGGCAGGUAUGUAGUAUAGUCCUGAGUGCGCCAGAGCGGGGUCAAACCAUUCUCUGUUAAGACAGAGGCGGUGGGGGGAAAAAAGGAAAAAAAUAUUUAUUUGAAAUAUUAAAUAUGUUAAAGUUUUCAAAUAUAUAUCGAGUAGAAGAUAAUAUUUAAUCAGACAAUGAUUUAAAUAAAAAAGAAAUAUGUGAAUGUAUAGUAAAAUAAAUUAAGGGUUAUUCAGGGGCCCCUAUGGUCCUGAGGCCCGGGACAACAUACCUGGUUGCCGUUGCCCCCCAGUCAACGGGCUUGCCUGGAAUAAUCAUCGUCCAUUUUUUCUUCAUUGUCACAAGUUCAAGUUAAAUUGUGAAGGUAAUUUAAAAAGGUGACAUUUUUCCGAUUAAUCAAUUAACCGUUUAAUAAAUCGUCCAAUUAAUCGAUUAUAUAAAUAAUCCUUAGUGGCAGCCCUAAUGCUACAGUAUAGAAACAGCAGUCAGUUAUCGAAUUUUUUGUUGCUGAAGGGUGCAAAAUGUCAAUUGUAUGGUGCCACGUUUUAGCCGGGGGGAAAAAAAGAAAUCUGAAAAAAUAUCACCACAUUUGAAUGAUUUUAACGCUGAGGGAACACAGAAGCUUGUGCACAGAUGGGAGAAGUGACAGUGCUGGGAGACUACAUUGAAAAAUAAUUAAUAAUAAUAAUUUUUUAAAAAGCUAUCAAUAUUAAAAGUCCUUAUACCAAAAAAAAUCACCUUAUUUAUUGAAUGACCCUCAUAUAUACAAUCAAGCUUCCAGAACACAUAUUUACAUAAACAUCUCACACUCAAUCUCACUCGUCAAAAGAACACGUGAGUCAUCCUCUUCAUCAAGUUGCAGAUAUAAAGCAAAAUUCAGUUUACAGAUCAUUUCCAAAUAAACUUUCCAUAGUCACUCGCGCAGAGGCUCACUUUUCCUAAUCGAAGUCACUGAUAGCAGAGCCUUCUCCUCUUCCUUCUCUCAACACAGGCCUUCGACCUCAGUUCAGUGUUGUUUUUGGCAGCCCUUUGAUUUUUUUUCUUAGUCUUUUGGAUCAAAAUACUUAUGUCUUAGUCAUAUUUUAGUCAUUUCAAAAUGUUUUCAUCUUUGUCUAGUUUUAAUCGACGAAAUCUCAUACAAAUUCGUUUGUCGACAGUUACUCAAAAUAUUUUAAUCUGUAAAAUUCCACAGUUUUAGCCCAAAAAUAAAGGUUUCUAAUAAUUUGGAGUGAACAUAGACAGAUGAGCACAUAUCAAGGAUAAUAACAACUUUGUGAUAAUAAUACAGUCACCAGGAAAAGCGGAAUAUCAUUUUCAAUUAAACCUACCCCGAAGCCACGAACUGUAUUUAAAGAAAUUGUCCGAGCGUUUCAUAUCCUCUGGACUUACUGACAAGAAAAGCCAAGUGGCUCUACUGUGACUGGCCAGUGUUUUAAGAGGACGCUCGCCAUUCUGGACCUAACGUGAAUGAUACACUAACGCAAGGAGUUACAGUUAGCAUCUAAUGAUCUCUCAACACCGAUCUUCAAGGGCUAAAGCAACAUUGUAUAUUCUUUCUUGUCAUAAGAAAACAAAUCUUACCGUGUUUCCAAACAAGCAAAAUGAAGCGGGGCCUAGCUUGAGACAUCCUAAACUCCAGUGAGGCGAGGGAGGGAGAGGCGCAGCACAUCUCACAUGAGUGACAUGACCCAAACACUGCUACGAUUCAAGCUGACGUUCUCCACAUACGAUUUGAAAGUGUCACGCAUUGUGAAGUUAUGAGAAACGAUGUCACAUUUUUGUCUCAUUGUCAUUUCAUCAGAGCAGUGUUGUUUUUGCCAUUCUUUAAACUUUUAUUUUAGUCUUAGUCUUUUGGACAACUAUACUUAUUACUCUUCGUCAUAUUUUAGUCAUCUCAAAAUGUGUUUGUCUUCGUGAGUUAAUAAAGAAGACUAAUUUAAUUUUAGUCGACCUUUACAAAAAAUGUUUUCAUCUGUAAAAUUUUUUAAAAAUAUUCCAAAAAUGAAUAAAGGCUUCUAUUUCGAAUGAACAUUGACAGAAAAUCACAUAUUGUAGCAUCUACAAGGACAAUGGCAACUUCCUGAUGAUACACACUCAGUAGGAAAACAGUACAUUAUUUUCAGUUAUAUCCACGUGGACACCAAUAACUGCAUGUAAAAAAAAAAAAAAAAGUUGCAUUAGCAGAAUGCUAACUCGAAUGUGAAUACUAUGCGAAUGCUACAAGUUACAUUUAGUAUGUGAUGAUCACUCAGCACAGAUCUUUAAAGACUAAAGUAACAUUGCAUUCUUUGUGGCAACGAUAAGAAAACUAAUCUUACCGUGUGUGCAUGCAUGGAGACUGGAAAGCAGCAGCACGUCACAUAAGUGACACAACCAGACACUGCUACGAUGCAGGCUAAAGACACGAAAAAUGUAACACAUUGUCAUCAUGUGAAACUAUUGUGCAUUUUCGUCUCGUCAUCUUGUCAGACGAAAACUGGCAUUUGUCUCGUUAAGUUUUAGUCUCCCAAAACACGUUUUUAGCGCGUUAUCGUUUCAUCAUCGUCAUGAAAAAUUGCUCGUUGACGAAAUAUUGUCAUUAUAGUCAUCAUUGGCGAAACAACACUGCAUCAGAGGAAAACUGGCCUUCGUUUUGUUACGUUCUAAUCUCCCGAGCCACGUUUUUAGUUCGUCAUCAUGAUGCAAAAUUUGUUCGUAUACAAAAUAUUUUUCUAUUCUUCAUUGUGCACGAAAACAACACUGCCUCAAUUGUAAAUUUCAGGUGUGACGUCAGAAUACAAUCUUGGGAUCUGUAGUUCUCCAAAACGCCUUCCAAUUGGAAACAGGACAAGAAAUGAAAAAAAUAUGGUCAUACACAUGGUCCAUGCAGCAUUGUUGAGGAAAAAAAACUCAAAGGGCAUUAUCACCCUUUCUACUUGGUCUGUUGACUUCAAGUAAAAUCGAGGGUGAAGCUCCACUUCUUCACUUUCCAAUGAGGGCUACCACAAGCUUGUGGGUGACGUAAUCAAGUAACAAGGCUAGGAAGACGUGUGCACAGGACGUGCCGGUGCGUCCACAGACCUUAGAGGGUUAUAAAAGUCUCUAGGACGUAUGAUUGGUCAAUGGCCGUUUAGGAGGCGGAGUUUGCUAAAGGUCAAUUAGUAGAAAGAUAAGGAUCAUGUUCCUGUGCAGCUCAGUUGGCUGUGCACACUUGAAUUGGGCAUCAUGGACCACCACACCUAUACUCAUCACUUGUAGUCCUUGUUUUAUUUCGGUCAGCGUCUGUUCAUUGUGUUGUCCCAAAAAACGUCCCGUUUUCCGAAAUUUCCGGGUUCGCAGUGAGUCAGCAACAGGCACACUUUUGCGAAAUAUAUGAUAUUACAAAUUGCAAAAUAAAUUGUUUAUUGAUUACAAUCCCACAAAAGCAAGCAAAAACAAGCAUAACAUGGAAUAACAAUAACGCUAGAUCUAGAUUGUCACUUGUCACGUCUAAAAUCCCAGCGCUACCAUUAAAGCACACAAGAACACAAGAAAUAACGCUAGAUAUAGUUUGUCAAUCCUAAAAUCCCCGCGCCACCGUCAAAGCACAACAAGAUGUUCCUUAGCAAUGAAAAUCUCUUACCGGUGACAAAUGAGCGGAGAGCCAAUGCCCCGGCAGAGCGGCAAAGGAACAAUGCCGAGCGACCCGUACGUUAAUCCUGCGCCGGACUCUGGCGGGGCCCAGAAAUGUCUGGCUCUUAUAGGAACACGCCUCGUGAGAGCAGAGAUGGCCAGCUCCUGCUCCCAGGCGACACGCGCCUGCCCAAAAAUGGUAAUCUUACCAUGUUUUAGCUCAACCUCUUUCCAGAAAUGGUCUGUUAACCUGUUGUGCAGUCUCGGCAGCAGAUGUUCCGUCUCAGCAGUAAAUGUUAUAAUAGUUACUACGAGGCAGCAGGCAUCAGAGUGGCGGUACACAAGAGUUACAAGAAGUUGCACAGUCAGUCCAAAAGAAUUCAUACAUAUCAUCACAGUAGGCUAAUCCACUCCGGGUCACACUAAUGUUUUCUCCCAUCACGUCCCUUGCGGCAUGUCAUGGAGAUUAUUGUGAGUGCAAUUUGGAGAACCAGGUCCCCAAAAACAAAACAAAAAAAACAUUUUACAUCAGUAAAUUACAUUACAUCUUUGAUAAAACCACAUUUGGGGGCAUAUUUUCAGGCAGGCAGGUCUAUAAAACUUCAUCUGUAAUCCUACAUUGACACUUGUGCGCUGGAGUCACAUGGUGCAUUUUCACAGGAUCUAAAUCAAGAGUCAAUCCAGAGGAGGAUUUACUGCUGUUGAGAUGCUGGCAAUUGCUGCUUUCUCUGGAGUAAACUCCAGAGUCAUUGCUUCUCCUUUUGUCUUUAUGACUGUCCAGACCACUGAAAGCGAGACAGAACAAAACACAGUUCCUUAUAUUAUACAGUCAUUGACAUCAUUUGCAGGUGUUAUUCCACUCCCUGAAAAUUUUCGCUCUAUAAGGAGCACCCAACUAUAAGCUGCUACUAAGCCUGUCGCAAUAUGUAAUAAUUCCAUUUAUCGCGCAAUAAUAAAAAUGAAGGCGGUAAUUUUUCCGCUGCAAUUUAUCGCCUCGCGUGCACGUGCGUGCGCGCGUGCAGCAGACGUGCUGUUAAAGGUUCGGAUUCCUCGUUACCAACUGUGCAAAAUGCAUCUUCGUUCCAGGUCUGGCAAAAACUAGCGCUGGAGCCAAUCGUUCCCAUUAUAUCCUAUUGUUUCACGUAUACCGGCCACGUCAGUCCUCCGGAGUGACUGUGGACCAUCUAUGGCGCGCCGGUGUUGUUGACGUGUGGGCGCUCCCGUCAGGAGUGACAUUUCACGCGGGGCGGCUAUUUUUCGGCACAACGCCGGAUAUUUACAAUGAAGUCCGCCAAAACAUUGUUACCGACUUGGCUGCCACGAACAACCUCGCUUUGACAACGAAAAGCUGCUUCAAACUUGUCCUGUUUAUGAAAGUCGAUUGUCAUAUGCUGGUGUUGUGUAGUAAUGAGCAGACGUGACUUCAGCGGCGCUUGCUAACUUUUUUAAUGUGCGCACACACUAGAUAUCAUGAAAUGGCAAACUAGAUGUGCUACGUGCCAUGCCAUUGGCUAGCCCAGAAUGAUUAUGGGACACGUAGUCCAUAUACUACAUCGAUGAAUUCUAAACUGUCAUUACUGAAUGGAAGUUAAGAAGGCCAAAUCAAUCCAUACCAGUGACUAUAGAUAAUGUUGCAAAUAUUGUUAAUUCAGUACGUGACACAGAUGGAUUCGGACCACAAAUAGGAUGUCUUGCUCAUGUAGUAAACCUAGCUGCUAAGAGAGCUGUAGCAAUCAACAGU